AAACAUGACAUAAAAAUGAUAAGGUUGGACUCAAUACAAAACCCCUGGGACCUUUCCACAACAUCCAGAAAAGUAUCCCAAGCAGUCUACAGGGUACAAUGGCAUCUUAAUCUGGCAGUAAUGCUGCACCUCAGAGGUCUCUGGCUCUUGUUCCCAGAGCAACGGCAACGCGAUCGGACGACCCCAGCCCAUCGGGAUCUGGUCAAGAUCCUUUGGCAUCCUCUUCAGUUUGUCAUCAUGGAAGCAACACAGAAAAAGGAGUUCAAGGCAAAGAAACAUUCUUUGCAGAAAAACACAAAGAACAUCAAUCCCUGGAAAAAUAAAGAAGGGAAGAGUACUAAUCAGGGCCCCAAGGGAAAGCUUAAAUCUAACAAGUUUGAGAAAGGCAAGAAGAAAGCUGAUAUACCAGGAGGAAAGGCAGCCGUGAAACAGUUUUCAGCUAAAAGUGCAAAACAGAAUGACAGUUUAACAAAGAAACGAAAACUUCAGGAGGACGACGUGGAGGGAAGUUCUGAAGCCAAGAAACCAAAGUGGGAUGAAGUAAAAAAGAAAAAGAAGGAAUUAAAGCAAACCAGGCAACUGAAUGAAAAGAGCAACUAUGACAUCAUGAUUAAAUCUAAACAGAUAUGGGAGAAUAUAAGAAGAAAGGAUUGUGAUGCAUCAAAGAGAACUAAGUUAAUGGAUGAUUUGGAGAAGCUACUUCAGGGUAACGUAAAAAAAUAACUGUCGUGUUUCUUACAGAUUGCCUUUGCACAUGAUACCACCAGAGUUAUCCAGUGUUACAUAAAACAUGGAAAUCAGAAAAGAAGACAAGAUGUUUUUGAAGAGCUAAAAGAACAUAUAGUAGACUUGAGUAAGUCUAAGUAUGCCAGGAAUAUUGUGAGGAAAUUCCUUAUGUAUGGAUCAAAACAACAAGUGGCCGAAAUAAUAAAAAGCUUUAAAGGUCAGGUAAAGAAACUUCUGCGGCAUUCAGAGGCAUCAUACAUAGUGGAGUAUGCAUACAAUCACAAAGCUAUCCUGGAACAAAGGAACAUGCUGUGUGAGGAGCUUUAUGGGAAUAUAUUUUCCCUUUGCAGACAACAACCCCAUUCUACUUUAGAUCAGGUGUUUGAAGCUCAGCCUGAGAAGAAGGAAUCUAUAUUAGAUGAAAUGAAACAGAUCCUUGUACCUCUUGCGCAAAAGGAGGCGGUGAUUAAACAUUCCUUGGUACAUAAAGUGUUUCUGGACUUCUUUAGUCAUGCAAGCCCAAAAAUAAGAUCUGAAGUGAUUGAAGCCAUCAGGGAAGCUGUAAUUUACAUGAUACACACACACGAUGGAGCUAGAGUGGGAAUGCACUGUGUAUGGCACGGCACUCCCAAAGGUAUUUUAUGUGACCGAAAAGUUAUUGUAAAAACACUGAAGACGUUUGUUGAAAAAAUUGCAACAGGGGAAUUUUCUCAUUUGGUCCUGCUGGCAAUGUUCGAUUGCAUUGACGACACUAAGCUUGUAAAGCAGUUAAUCAUUUCUGAAAUUGUUAGCGCUUUGCCCAACUUAAUCAAUGACAAAUAUGGAAGAAAAGUCUUACUUUAUUUAUUGAGCAGAAGAAGCCCUGCACAUUUUGUGCCUGAAAUCGUGGAAGUUCUUAAACAAGGAGACGACAACACACACAGCAAAAAAGAUACAGAAGUACGGCACCGGGAGCUUCUGGAAUCCAUCUCUGAGCCUCUACUAAAGUAUCUAGAGAAGAACAUAAAUGACUUGGUUUUACAAAAUGCCUCAUGUACUGUGGUGACAAACACUCUGUUGCAUUCGGUUGGAGACACAAAGCCUAUUAUGUCUGCUAUUGCAAGCAUGGCAGCAGAGACAUUUGUGCCAGGGGGCAAGGAAGGAGAGCUGCACAUUGCAGAACACCCAGCAGGUCAUCUGGUACUGAAAUGGUUGUUAAAGCAAGAUAAAGAGAUGAAAGAAAAUGAUAGAGAAGGCUGCUUUGCUAGAACACUGGUGGAACAUGUAGGCAUUGAAAAACUCAGCACAUGGGCAAAAGUGAACAGAGGGGCCAUUGUGCUCUGCUGUCUUCUUGAGAGCACAGAUGAAGAAAUUGCUGAUAAAGUAAAAACUGGACUCAAGGGCCUAGUAUCCAGACCAGAAAAUUCAACGAACACAAAAGCUGUUGAGGCCUUAAUAGAAAAAUUAAAUUGUCCCAAGUGAUUGCGUUUGCUUUCUCUUUUGUAUGGAUUUACUGUCUGUGUAAGAUAAAACCUAUAGCAUGGAAUAGCCGGUUUCUACAUGUGGAAAACACUUGUAAGAAUGUUUUAUAUUUAUAAGUAAAAGUCCUUUACCAACAUAAA